AUGCUGCAUGGUAAAUUUCCAGUCAAGCCCAUGGAACGAGGCAUCGCUGCUUCUGACUGUGCCGCCGAAGUGGUCGCAUCUGGACCAAAAGUCGCCGGCUUUCGCAAGGGAGACCGCGUCACCAUUACCUGCAACCCUGCCACGAUCAAUGGCGAUGAAGACGAAGAGACUACCGGUCUUGGGGGCGAGCAUGAUGGCGUUCUACGCGAGUACGCCGUCUUUGACCAGAAAUAUCUGGUCCACCUCCCUCACACCAUGGACUGGAAAGAGGCAUCAACACUUCCUAUCGCUGGCGUUACCGCCUGGGCGGCUUUGAACUCGGAUGCUUCUGGACCAAAGGGUCGCUUUGCUUUGUUGCAAGGAACUGGCGGUGUUAGCACAUUCGCACUCCUCCUCUGUGCCGCAGCAGGUAUCAAACCAAUCAUUACUUCCGGAUCAAAUGACAAGCUCAAAGCCGUCCAGAAAUUUGGGGGUGAGACUGGUGUUCUCGGAAUCAACUACAAGACAUGUCAAGAUAUUCCUGCAGAGGUCAUGCGCUUGACGGAUGGGUUGGGCGUCGAUUUUGUUGUCAAUACCUCUGGAUUCGAGUCUAUUCCGCAGGAUAUUGCCGCAUUGAGGAAGCGAAAUGGUGUCAUCUCUUUGGUAGGCCUUCUUGCUGGUAUCGAGGCAAGUUGGUCACCCCGAGAACUUCUCAACUUGAUGUAUAAACGUGGUCAUAUACGGGGUAGCAAUGCUGGCUCCAAGGCCGAUUUGGAACAUCUCAUUCGCUUUGUUGACGAAAAUAAGAUUGACCUGACGCCUUUGAUUGACCGGGUCUUUCCCUUCGAUCAGUCUCAAGAGGCCUUUGAUUAUGCUUACUCUGGUCAGCAUAUUGGGAAAGUUAUCAUUCAAGUAUCGUCGGAUUGA